AUGGACUCAGAUAGUAUCCACAACCUCGCCAUCGUGAGAGGUGGAUUGACGGUGCUUGCAAAAGAGAGUGGCAGUCUUCGGCCAGGAGCACUUCUGCGGGAACUGGAAAAGCUGCGCGAUCUAUUCAAAGGAAUCGACAUUGCCGAGGAGAAUGCUGAAAGCGCUCGUAGCAGUGCCGCCACACAGGUCUUCAACACCUACGAGCUCACCGAGAUGAUCCUUCAGCAGCUACCAUUGCAGGAUCUUGUCAAGGCUCAACAGGUCUGUCGAAUGUCUCGCAACGUCUGCCGAGACUCGAAGCGCAUUGGCCAUGGGUUCAGUGUCUACUCCGUCGACGUCAACCUGCGCUGCAACGCACCAUUCAAGAAGCUCAUCGACUUCGACCUUACUCGCCGUUUGGGUUUGCGCAACACACUACAUCUUCUCGGUGGCCAGCCAGUGGGUCCCACCGCGAAUUGGUUACCACACGAGUGGUAUGCCGAGCCACCAGACCGUGCAUAUGUGUCCUUCGUGCUCGGUCACGAGUCCAAACGUACAUGGCAUACACGAGGCUUUAGCCGAUCUGAUCGUUUCGAAGCGAGCUCCACCAUCUAUGAUCGAACCAUCAUAGCACCAGCAACGCCGACCCCGAAUGCCAACGACGCCGAGCGCGAGCUGUGGCGAAGCGUAGCCUGGACUCAAGACGACUGUGAGGUGAAAGUGCACCUGCGCAGAGAGUGCUCAGAGGGUCAUCCUCUGGACGACAUAAGGGUGUUUACACACGGUGUCACGCUAGGCGAGAUAUUUGACUGGAUGUGGAGCAUGAUUACAGCCAGGCCACUUUGGACAAAGGUCAAGUGUCCAACGGGUGACCUUCUCGACGGUCACCGCACGGAGACCCAGACAAACGGCACGACUGUCACAUAUGGACCGAAAGAAUGGUAG